AUGCUUUAUGCAAAUGUAUGCAUAUCAAAAGGAAGUAAAACAUUACAUGGAUGGUAUAUACAUUCAAUUCUAUAUGAAAUAAUGUUUAAAGAAUUCUUCUAUAAGCUGAUAAAUUAUGAGAUUUUAUCAGAUACAUUAGUUGAUAUGAAUGAUUUUGAGCAAAUAAAAUGUAUUGAUUUAAGUAAAUCAACUAACCUAUCAAUAGAGACAACACAAACAAGUUCAGACUAUAAAAUUAUUGAACUUAUCA